AUGAAGACCACACUAUUUUGUAGCAUAUCUUUUUGUAAUAUUAUAUUUUUCUUCUUAGAAUUAAGUCAUGAGCAUUUUGUUGGACAAUCAAGUAAUACCCAUGGAGCAUCUUCAGUUACUGAUUUUAAUUUUAGUGAGGAGAAAAAUUUAAAAAGUUUUGAAGGGAAGAAUAAUAAUAAUGAUAAUUAUGCUUCAAUUAAUCGUUUAUAUAGGAAGAAACCAUAUAUGAAGAGAUCGCUUAUAAAUUUAGAAAAUGAUCUUUUUAGAUUAGAACCUAUAUCUUAUAUUCAAAGAUAUUAUAAGAAGAAUAUAAACAGAUCUGAUAUUUUUCAUAAUAAAAAAGAAAGAGGUUCCAAAGUAUAUUCAAAUGUGUCUUCAUUCCAUUCUUUUAUUCAAGAGGGUAAAGAAGAAGUUGAGGUUUUUUCUAUAUGGGGUAGUAAUAGCGUUUUAGAUCAUAUAGAUGUUCUUAGGGAUAAUGGAACUGUCGUUUUUUCUGUUCAACCAUAUUACCUUGAUAUAUAUACGUGUAAAGAAGCCAUAUUAUUUACUACAUCAUUUUACAAGGAUCUUGAUAAAAGUUCAAUUACAAAAAUUAAUGAAGAUAUUGAAAAAUUUAACGAAGAAAUAAUCAAGAAUGAAGAACAAUGUUUAGUUGGUGGGAAAACAGAUUUUGAUAAUUUACUUAUAGUUUUAGAAAAUGCGGAAAAAGCAAAUGUUAGAAAAACAUUAUUUGAUAAUACAUUUAAUGAUUAUAAAAAUAAGAAAUCUAGUUUUUACAAUUGUUUGAAAAAUAAAAAAAAUGAUUAUGAUAAGAAAAUAAAGAAUAUAAAGAAUGAGAUUACAAAAUUGUUAAAAAAUAUUGAAAGUACAGGAAAUAUGUGUAAAACGGAAUCAUAUGUUAUGAAUAAUAAUUUAUAUCUAUUAAGAGUGAAUGAAGUUAAAAGUACACCUAUUGAUUUAUACUUAAAUCGAGCAAAAGAGCUAUUAGAAUCAAGUAGCAAAUUAGUUAAUCCUAUAAAAAUGAAAUUAGGUGAUAAUAAGAACAUGUACUCUAUUGGAUAUAUACAUGACGAAAUUAAAGAUAUUAUAAAAAGAUAUAAUUUUCAUUUGAAACAUAUAGAAAAAGGAAAAGAAUAUAUAAAAAGGAUAACACAAGCAAAUAAUAUUGCAGACAAAAUGAAGAAAGAUGAACUUAUAAAAAAAAUUUUUGAAUCCUCAAAACAUUUUGCUAGUUUUAAAUAUAGCAAUGAAAUGAUAAGCAAAUUAGAUUCGUUAUUUAUAAAAAAUGAAGAAAUACUUAAUAAUUUAUUCAAUAAUAUAUUUAAUAUAUUCAAGAAAAAAUAUGAAACAUAUGUAGAUAUGAAAACAAUUGAAUCUAAAUAUACAACAGUAAUGACUCUAUCAGAACAUUUAUUAGAAUAUGCAAUGGAUGUUUUAAAAGCUAACCCUCAAAAACCUAUUGAUCCAAAAGCAAAUCUGGAUUCAGAAGUAGUAAAAUUACAAAUAAAAAUAAAUGAGAAAUCAAAUGAAUUAGAUAAUGCUAUAAGUCAAGUAAAAACACUAAUAAUAAUAAUGAAAUCAUUUUAUGAUAUUAUUAUAUCUGAAAAAGCCUCUAUGGAUGAAAUGGAAAAAAAGGAAUUAUCCUUAAAUAAUUAUAUUGAAAAAACAGAUUAUAUAUUACAAACGUAUAAUAUUUUUAAGUCUAAAAGUAAUAUUAUAAAUAAUAAUAGUAAAAAUAUUAGUUCUAAAUAUAUAACUAUAGAAGGGUUAAAAAAUGAUAUUGAUGAAUUAAAUAGUCUUAUAUCAUAUUUUAAGGAUUCACAAGAAACAUUAAUAAAAGAUGAUGAAUUAAAAAAAAACAUGAAAACGGAUUAUCUUAAUAACGUGAAAUAUAUAGAAGAAAAUGUUACUCAUAUAAAUGAAAUUAUAUUAUUAAAAGAUUCUAUAACUCAACGAAUAGCAGAUAUUGAUGAAUUAAAUAGUUUAAAUUUAAUAAAUAUAAAUGAUUUUAUAAAUGAAAAGAAUAUAUCACAAGAGAAAGUAUCAUAUAAUCUUAAUAAAUUAUAUAAAGGAAGUUUUGAAGAAUUAGAAUCUGAACUAUCUCAUUUUUUAGACACAAAAUAUUUGUUUCAUGAAAAAAAAAGUGUAAAUGAACUUCAAACAAUUUUAAAUACAUCAAAUAAUGAAUGUGCUAAAUUAAAUUUUAUGAAAUCUGAUAAUAAUAAUAAUAAUAAUAAUAGUAAUAUAAUUAACUUGUUAAAAACUGAAUUAAGUCAUCUAUUAAGUCUUAAAGAAAAUAUAAUAAAAAAACUUUUAAAUCAUAUAGAACAAAAUAUUCAAAACUCAUCAAAUAAGUAUACUAUUACAUAUACUGAUAUUAAUAAUAGAAUGGAAGAUUAUAAAGAAGAAAUCGAAAGUUUAGAAGUAUAUAAACAUACCAUUGGAAAUAUACAAAAAGAAUAUAUAUUACAUUUAUAUGAGAAUGAUAAAAAUGCUUUAGCUGUACAUAAUACAUCAAUGCAAAUAUUACAAUAUAAAGAUGCUAUACAAAAUAUAAAAAAUAAAAUUUCUGAUGAUAUAAAAAUUUUAAAGAAAUAUAAAGAAAUGAAUCAAGAUUUAUUAAAUUAUUAUGAAAUUCUAGAUAAAAAAUUAAAAGAUAAUACAUAUAUCAAAGAAAUGCAUACUGCUUCUUUAGUUCAAAUAACUCAAUAUAUUCCUUAUGAAGAUAAAACAAUAAGUGAACUUGAGCAAGAAUUUAAUAAUAAUAAUCAAAAACUUGAUAAUAUAUUACAAGAUAUCAAUGCAAUGAAUUUAAAUAUAAAUAUUCUCCAAACCUUAAAUAUUGGUAUAAAUGCAUGUAAUACAAAUAAUAAAAAUGUAGAACACUUACUUAACAAGAAAAUUGAAUUAAAAAAUAUAUUAAAUGAUCAAAUGAAAAUUAUAAAAAAUGAUGAUAUAAUUCAAGAUAAUGAAAAAGAAAACUUUUCAAAUGUUUUAAAAAAAGAAGAGGAAAAAUUAGAAAAAGAAUUAGAUGAUAUCAAAUUUAAUAAUUUGAAAAUGGACAUUCAUAAAUUGUUGAAUUCGUAUGACCAUACAAAGCAAAAUAUAGAAAGCAAUCUUAAAAUAAAUUUAGAUUCUUUCGAAAAGGAAAAAGAUAGUUGGGUUCAUUUUAAAAGUACUAUAGAUAGUUUAUAUGUGGAAUAUAACAUAUGUAAUCAAAAGACUCAUAAUACUAUCAAACAACAAAAAAAUGAUAUCAUAGAACUUAUUUAUAAACGUAUAAAAGAUAUAAAUCAAGAAAUAAUCGAAAAGGUAGAUAAUUAUUAUUCCCUGUCAGAUAAAGCCUUAACUAAACUUAAAUCUAUUCAUUUUAAUAUUGAUAAGGAAAAAUAUAAAAAUCCCAAAAGUCAAGAAAAUAUUAAAUUAUUAGAAGAUAGAGUUAUGAUACUUGAGAAAAAGAUUAAGGAAGAUAAAGAUGCUUUAAUACAAAUUAAGAAUUUAUCACAUGAUCAUUUUGUAAAUGCUGAUAAUGAGAAAAAAAAGCAGAAGGAGAAGGAGGAGGACGACGAACAAACACACUAUAGUAAAAAAAGAAAAGUAAUGGGAGAUAUAUAUAAGGAUAUUAAAAAAAACCUAGAUGAGUUAAAUAAUAAAAAUUUGAUAGAUAUUACUUUAAAUGAAGCAAAUAAAAUAGAAUCAGAAUAUGAAAAAAUAUUAAUUGAUGAUAUUUGUGAACAAAUUACAAAUGAAGCAAAAAAAAGUGAUACUAUUAAGGAAAAAAUCGAAUCAUAUAAAAAAGAUAUUGAUUAUGUAGAUGUGGACGUUUCCAAAACGAGGAACGAUCAUCAUUUGAAUGGAGAUAAAAUACAUGAUUCUUUUUUUUAUGAAGAUACAUUAAAUUAUAAAGCAUAUUUUGAUAAAUUAAAAGAUUUAUAUGAAAAUAUAAACAAGUUAACAAAUGAAUCAAAUGGAUUAAAAAGUGAUGCUCAUAAUAACAACACACAAGUUGAUAAACUAAAAGAAAUUAAUUUACAAGUAUUCAGCAAUUUAGGAAAUAUAAUUAAAUAUGUUGAAAAACUUGAGAAUACAUUACAUGAACUUAAAGAUAUGUACGAAUUUCUAGAAACGAUCGAUAUUAAUAAAAUAUUAAAAAGUAUUCAUAAUAGCAUGAAGAAAUCAGAAGAAUAUAGUAAUGAAACGAAAAAAAUAUUUGAACAAUCAGUAAAUAUAACUAAUCAAUUUAUAGAAGAUGUUGAAAUAUUGAAAACGUCUAUUAACCCAAACUAUGAAAGCUUAAAUGAUGAUCAAAUUGAUGAUAAUAUAAAAUCACUUGUUCUAAAGAAAGAGGAAAUAUCCGAAAAAAGAAAACAAGUGAAUAAAUACAUAACAGAUAUUGAAUCUAAUAAAGAACAAUCAGAUUUACAUUUACGAUAUGCAUCUAGAAGUAUAUAUGUUAUUGAUCUUUUUAUAAAACAUGAAAUAAUAAAUCCUAGCGAUGGAAAAAAUUUUGAUAUUAUAAAGGUUAAAGAAAUGAUAAAUAAAACCAAACAAGUUUCAAAUGAAGCUAUGGAAUAUGCUAAUAAAAUGGAUGAAAAAAAUAAGGACAUUAUAAAAAUAGAAAAUGAACUUUAUAAUUUAAUUAAUAAUAACAUCCGUUCAUUAAAAGGGGUAAAAUAUGAAAAAGUUAGGAAACAAGCAAGAAAUGCAAUUGAUGAUAUAAAUAAUAUACAUUCUAAUAUUAAAACGAUUUUAACCAAAUCUAAAGAACGAUUAGAUGAGAUUAAGAAACAACCUAACAUUAAAAGAGAAGGUGAUGUUUUAAAUAAUGAUAAAACCAAAAUAGCUUAUAUUACAAUACAAAUAAAUAACGGAAGAAUAGAAUCUAAUUUAUUAAAUAUAUUAAAUAUGAAACAUAACAUAGAUACUAUCUUGAAUAAAGCUAUGGAUUAUAUGAAUGAUGUAUCAAAAUCUGACCAGAUUGUUAUUAAUAUAGAUUCUUUGAAUAUGAACGAUAUAUAUAAUAAGGAUAAAGAUCUUUUAAUAAAUAUUUUAAAAGAAAAACAGAAUAUGGAGGCAGAAUAUAAAAAAAUGAAUGAAAUGUAUAAUUACGUUAAUGAAACAGAAAAAGAAAUAAUAAAACAUAAAAAAAAUUAUGAAAUAAGAAUUAUGGAACAUAUAAAAAAAGAAACAAAUGAAAAAAAAAAAAAAUUUAUGGAAUCUAAUAACAAAUCAUUAACUACUUUAAUGGAUUCAUUCAGAUCUAUGUUUUAUAAUGAAUAUAUAAAUGAUUAUAAUAUAAAUGAAAAUUUUGAAAAACAUCAAAAUAUAUUGAAUGAAAUAUAUAAUGGAUUUAAUGAAUCAUAUAAUAUUAUUAAUACAAAAAUGACUGAAAUUAUAAAUGAUAAUUUAGAUUAUAAUGAAAUAAAAGAAAUUAAAGAAGUAGCACAAACAGAAUAUGAUAAACUUAAUAAAAAAGUUGAUGAAUUAAAAAAUUAUUUGAAUAAUAUUAAAGAACAAGAAGGACAUCGAUUAAUUGAUUAUAUAAAAGAAAAAAUAUUUAACUUAUAUAUAAAAUGUUCAGAACAACAAAAUAUAAUAGAUGAUUCUUAUAAUUAUAUUACAGUUAAAAAACAGUAUAUUAAAACUAUUGAAGAUGUGAAAUUUUUAUUAGAUUCAUUGAACACAAUAGAAGAAAAAAAUAAAUCAGUAGCAAAUCUAGAAAUUUGUACUAAUAAAGAAGAUAUAAAAAAUUUACUUAAACAUGUUAUAAAGUUGGCAAAUUUUUCAGGUAUUAUUGUAAUGUCUGAUACAAAUACGGAAAUAACUCCAGAAAAUCCUUUAGAAGAUAAUGAUUUAUUAAAUUUACAAUUAUAUUUUGAAAGAAAACAUGAAAUAACAUCAACAUUGGAAAAUGAUUCUGAUUUAGAGUUAGAUCAUUUAGGUAGUAAUUCGGAUGAAUCUAUAGAUAAUUUAAAGGUUUAUAAUGAUAUUAUAGAAUUACACACAUAUUCAACACAAAUUCUUAAAUAUUUAGAUAAUAUUCAAAAACUUAAAGGAGAUUGCAAUGAUUUAGUAAAGGAUUGUAAAGAAUUACGUGAAUUGUCUACGGCAUUAUAUGAUUUAAAAAUACAAAUUACUAGUGUAAUUAAUAGAGAAAAUGAUAUUUCAAAUAAUAUUGAUAUUGUAUCUAAUAAAUUAAAUGAAAUAGAUGCUAUACAAUAUAAUUUUGAAAAAUAUAAAGAAAUUUUUGAUAAUGUAGAAGAAUAUAAAACAUUAGAUGAUACAAAAAAUGCAUAUAUUGUAAAAAAGGCUGAAAUUUUAAAAAAUGUAGAUAUAAAUAAAACAAAAGAAGAUUUAGAUAUAUAUUUUAAUGACUUAGACGAAUUAGAAAAAUCUCUUACAUUAUCAUCUAAUGAAAUGGAAAUUAAAACAAUAGUACAGAACUCAUAUAAUUCCUUUUCUGAUAUUAAUAAGAACAUUAAUGAUAUUGAUAAAGAAAUGAAAACACUGAUCCCUAUGCUUGAUGAAUUAUUAAAUGAAGGACAUAAUAUUGAUAUAUCAUUAUAUAAUUUUAUAAUUAGAAAUAUUCAGAUUAAAAUAGGUAAUGAUAUAAAAAAUAUAAGAGAACAGGAAAAUGAUACUAAUAUAUGUUUUGAGUAUAUUCAAAAUAAUUAUAAUUUUAUAAAGAGUGAUAUAAGUAUCUUCAAUAAAUAUGAUGAUCAUAUAAAAGUAGAUAAUUAUAUAUCUAAUAAUAUUGAUGUUGUCAAUAAACAUAAUAGUUUAUUAAGUGAACAUGUUAUAAAUGCUACAAAUAUUAUAGAGAAUAUUAUGACAAGUAUUGUCGAAAUAAAUGAAGAUACAGAAAUGAAUUCUUUAGAAGAGACACAAGACAAAUUAUUAGAACUAUAUGAAAAUUUUAAGAAAGAAAAAAAUAUUAUAAAUAAUAAUUAUAAAAUAGUACAUUUUAAUAAAUUAAAAGAAAUAGAAAAUAGUUUAGAGACAUAUAAUUCAAUAUCAACAAACUUUAAUAAAAUAAAUGAAACACAAAAUAUAGAUAUUUUAAAAAAUGAAUUUAAUAAUAUCAAAACAAAAAUUAAUGAUAAAGUAAAAGAAUUAGUUCAUGUUGAUAGUACAUUAACACUUGAAUCAAUUCAAACGUUUAAUAAUUUAUAUGGUGACUUGAUGUCUAAUAUACAAGAUGUAUAUAAAUAUGAAGAUAUUAAUAAUGUUGAAUUGAAAAAGGUGAAAUUAUAUAUAGAAAAUAUUACAAAUUUAUUAGGAAGAAUAAACACAUUCAUAAAGGAGUUAGACAAAUAUCAGGAUGAAAAUAAUGGUAUAGAUAAGUAUAUAGAAAUCAAUAAGGAAAAUAAUAGUUAUAUAAUAAAAUUGAAAGAAAAAGCCAAUAAUCUAAAGGAAAAUUUCUCAAAAUUAUUACAAAAUAUAAAAAGAAAUGAAACUGAAUUAUAUAAUAUAAAUAACAUAAAGGAUGAUAUUAUGAAUACGGGGAAAUCUGUAAAUAAUAUAAAACAAAAAUUUUCUAGUAAUUUGCCACUAAAAGAAAAAUUAUUUCAAAUGGAAGAGAUGUUACUUAAUAUAAAUAAUAUUAUGAAUGAAACGAAAAGAAUAUCAAACACGGAUGCAUAUACUAAUAUAACUCUCCAGGAUAUUGAAAAUAAUAAAAAUAAAGAAAAUAAUAAUAUGAAUAUUGAAACAAUUGAUAAAUUAAUAGAUCAUAUAAAAAUACAUAAUGAAAAAAUACAAGCAGAAAUAUUAAUAAUUGAUGAUGCCAAAAGAAAAGUAAAGGAAAUAACAGAUAAUAUUAACAAGGCUUUUAAUGAAAUUACAGAAAAUUAUAAUAAUGAAAAUAAUGGGGUAAUUAAAUCUGCAAAAAAUAUUGUCGAUAAAGCUACUUAUUUAAAUAAUGAAUUAGAUAAAUUUUUAUUGAAAUUGAAUGAAUUAUUAAGUCAUAAUAAUAAUGAUAUAAAGGAUCUUGGUGAUGAAAAAUUAAUAUUAAAAGAAGAAGAAGAAAGAAAAGAAAGAGAAAGAUUGGAAAAAGCGAAACAAGAAGAAGAAAGAAAAGAGAGAGAAAGAAUAGAAAAAGAAAAACAAGAGAAAGAAAGACUGGAAAGAGAGAAACAAGAACAACUAAAAAAAGAAGCAUUAAAAAAACAAGAGCAAGAAAGACAAGAACAACAACAAAAAGAAGAAGCAUUAAAAAGACAAGAACAAGAACGACUACAAAAAGAAGAAGAAUUAAAAAGACAAGAGCAAGAAAGGCUGGAAAGAGAGAAACAAGAACAACUACAAAAAGAAGAAGAAUUAAGAAAAAAAGAGCAGGAAAAACAACAACAAAGAAAUAUCCAAGAAUUAGAAGAGCAAAAAAAGCCUGAAAUAAUAAAUGAAGCAUUGGUAAAGGGGGAUAAAAUACUAGAAGGAAGUGAUCAGAGAAAUAUGGAAUUAAGCAAACCUAACGUUAGUAUGGAUAAUACUAAUAAUAGUCCAAUUAGUAACAGUGAAAUUACAGAAAGCGAUGAUAUUGAUAACAGUGAAAAUAUACAUACUAGUCAUAUGAGUGACAUCGAAAGUACACAAACUAGUCAUAGAAGUAACACCCAUGGGCAACAAAUCAGUGAUAUUGUUGAAGAUCAAAUUACACAUCCUAGUAAUAUUGGAGGAGAAAAAAUUACUCAUAAUGAUGAAAUUUCAAUCACUGGUGAAAGAAAUAACAUUAGCGAUGUUAAUGAUUAUAGUGAAAGUAGCAACAUAUUUGAAAAUGGUGACAGUACUAUAAAUACCAGUACAAGAAACACGUCUAGUACACAUGAUGAAUCCCAUAUAAGUCCUAUCAGCAAUGCGUAUGAUCAUGUUGUUUCAGAUAAUAAAAAAAGUAUGGAUGAAAACAUAAAAGAUAAAUUAAAGAUAGAUGAAAGUAUAACUACAGAUGAACAAAUAAGAUUAGAUGAUAAUUCUAAUAUUGUUAGAAUUGAUAGUACUGACCAACGUGAUGCUAGUAGUCAUGGUAGUAGUAAUAGGGAUGAUGAUGAAAUAAGUCAUGUUGGUAGCGACAUUCAUAUGGAUAGUGUUGAUAUUCAUGAUAGUAUUGACACUGAUGAAAAUGCUGAUCACAGACAUAAUGUUAACUCUGUUGAUAGUCUUAGUUCUAGUGAUUACACUGAUACACAGAAAGACUUUAGUAGUAUUAUUAAAGAUGGGGGAAAUAAAGAAGGACAUGCUGAGAAUGAAUCUAAAGAAUAUGAAUCCCAAACAGAACAAACACAUGAAGAAGGAAUUAUGAAUCCAAAUAAAUAUUCAAUUAGUGAAGUUGAUGGUAUUAAAUUAAAUGAAGAAGCUAAACAUAAAAUUACAGAAAAACUGGUAGAUAUCUAUCCUUCUACAUAUAGAACACUUGAUGAACCUAUGGAAACACAUGGUCCAAAUGAAAAAUUUCAUAUGUUUGGUAGUCCAUAUGUAACAGAAGAAGAUUACACGGAAAAACAUGAUUAUGAUAAGCAUGAAGAUUUCAAUAAUGAAAGGUAUUCAAACCAUAACAAAAUGGAUGAUUUCGUAUAUAAUGCUGGAGGAGUUGUUUGUUGUGUAUUAUUUUUUGCAAGUAUUACUUUCUUUUCUAUGGACAGAUCAAAUAAGGAUGAAUGCGAUUUUGAUAUGUGUGAAGAAGUAAAUAAUAAUGAUCACUUAUCGAAUUAUGCUGAUAAAGAAGAAAUUAUUGAAAUUGUGUUUGAUGAAAAUGAAGAAAAAUAUUUUUAA